AAAACCACAUCACACAACCCAUCAUUCAAACAAAGACAAAAACAAAAACCAUUUUACCAACCAAAAAAAACAGAAGAAAACAGAGAGCAUGAAACAAAACCAGAACAAGUUCUUGAGGAUAAUCUCAACACCUCUUCGAGCUUUAGGCAAGGCACGUGAUCUUUACGUGAGAAGCAUCACCGGUUGCGCAGCUAAGACUCAUUAUUCCUCCUCCGCCUCAGUAUCAGCUCCUUUUGCUAGGAGUCGGAGCUCCUCCUCCGCCGCCUUCUCAUCAUCCGCGUCUUCCCGGAGAACAACAGAUUUCGGGAUAGAUGAAGAUUACAGCGAGCUAGUGAGAGCAGCGUCGGUAAGGAGUUUAGGGCACAAGAGUGAGAUAGACAUGUUGAUACAAGAGAAGCUGCAACAACAGAAGCAACAGAGGCAAGGAGGAGGGUUGCCUAAGAGCUCGAGCGUUGGGAUGGCGAGGAUAGAGGAAGACGAAGAAGCAGAGGAAGGAUCAGUGAAUCCGAAGAUGAAGAAGGCUAAGAAAGUCUCUGAUCUUUUGUAUCCUCGUAGCAAAUCCUACGCUGUUACUAGUAGCCCUAAAUUGUAAUUUCUUCUUCUUUCUUCUUCUUGAUUUUAAUUAGUAUCUCUUGUGGAUUGAUUUAUCAUAUUUUUAUAGCUCCCUUUUGUGCGUUGUGAAAAUAAUAAUAUUAGAAGUAGCUCAACCUAUUCUCGCUUCAA